ACUUUGCCAUCUGCCAAGCGACAUCUGGAAGUCCGAGUCGACACUCGCCAUUCGUGACUUCCCUUUGCGGUGCCCUUCUGUAGCAGCUGUGCCAAUCUUGAAUGCGACAUCCCUACAUGGCGCGCUAGCUUGCCCCUGACCGACAGUUACAAUCACGAAUGUGAGUCCAUGAGUGUGGAUCCAGAAAGUGAAUCAAGAAUCCAUCGUGUGGAACAGCUAUCAAGACUUAACCGGCGCGUGAUGGCUUGGCGCGCGCGAUCUUGGUGCAAAUGCUCGCAGCGAUCGGCGGAGAAUGGCAGAUCCGAAAAGGUGCAUCGCAAGGCUGUGGGGUUGGCGCGUACACAAAUAAGCUAGAUUGAUCGAGAACACGAGCGCCGCCGCGCAUCGAGCGACUUGAUUCACAAGUGAUGGUGAGUCGUGACUACAGUACCUACGCCGCGCGCGGCACGUCCAGCUCCGCACGUUCAGGCACAUUAUUGGCUUACCAAUGAAACCCUGGCUGUCCAUUCAAGAUUCUCAUCGAGACUUAUGGAUCUUCUGAAUCACAAUUGAUGAGGGUGAUGUUGAUGACAUGCAGCAGCAACGAUGAGCCGGACCGCGAUUCGGUCCGUGACGAUUCUCAUUGUGGUUCUUGGUAUGGAUCAAACUCCAACGAUCUUUCUGCGAGAUGGGGUGCGGUCGCAGCUAGCCCGCACUACCUUCUCGCGUGUCUGCCAGCUCCGACUUCGGAUCGUUUCUAGGCACUCGCAGCGGUCGUUCUGGCGCUGCACUCUUAUAUGAAGGGGUGAGCAGCCGAUGGCACCUUCGGUGAUAUGAGGGUCGUUUCAAAGUUGCAGGUCGAACCCCUUCAUGCGCUGAGACAAUCCGGGGUGGCGCCUCGGCCUCGAUCCCACAGAAUAUGAGCCACAUAGGCGCCAGCUGCAAAGGACAUCGAUGUGCAGGUACAGCACAUCAAGCAGUACUAAUUUGAGUGACAGAUUGGUGACAUUUCGUGCAUCUUUACAACAGGCACUGAAGCUAAUUCACGAUUCGGUGAUUGUAGGCGCGGGAUCAUGCGAAGAGCUAUUUCCAGCGAUACAGCUGACUGAGAGAAGACGGUGGCGGUCCCGCUAAAGGGCGACUCAUCAAAAGGACGAGAGGGUUUGUCCAGCCUUCGCCAGAGCAAGUGCCUGUGCCAGACUGCAGACUUUCGGC